GCCCAGCAGGUGGCUUGCAAACCGCCAAUGAACGUCACAAGAAGAAGAAAAAUGCCGUAUUUGGUUCACUUAGCUAACGUUUCCCUUGUAACAAGUCCGCUUUACAUACUAUUUUUUUACUUUGGGGAUAGAAAGCCUUUACUGAUGAAAUAUUAGAUAAACUUUAGAGCAGGUAUGGCUAAAGAACAACAGCCUAAUUGGUCGGAUGUUCUUAAAAGGAGGAUAGCAAACUCCAAAAAAGAUGAGAGAAGUGAAGAGGAAAAGACAGCAGAAGAAACGGAGCUGUUCACCAAGUAUUACACAGAGUGGAGGGGAGGAAGCGACAAAGACAAGUCCUACAAGAACAUCCCACGAUUCUACUACAGGCUGCCAGCUGAGGAUGAAGUAUUACUACAGAAGCUGAGAGAGGAAUCCAGAGCUGUCUUCCUCCAGAGGAAGAGCAGAGAGCUGCUGGAUAAUGAAGAGCUACAGAAUCUGUGGUUCCUGCUCGAUAAGCACCAGGUGCCUCCAGUGAGUGGAGAGGAAGCCAUGAUCAGCUAUGAAGCCUACCUGAAGGUGGGGGAGAGUGCCGGGCCCAAGUGCAAAAAAUUCUUUACAGCUAGAGUGUAUGCCAAGCUGCUCCACAGUGACCCUUACGGCAGGAUCUCCAUCAUGCAGUUCUUCAACUACGUCAUGAGGAAAGUGUGGCUGCAUCAGACCCGCAUUGGUCUGAGUCUGUAUGAUGUGGCAGGGCAGGGCUACCUCAGAGAGUCAGAUCUGGAGAACUACAUCCUGGAACUGAUCCCCACUCUGCCUCAGCUGGAUGGACUGGAGAAGUCCUUCUACUCUUUCUAUGUCUGCACUGCUGUUCGCAAGUUUUUCUUCUUCCUUGACCCACUCCGAACUGGAAAGAUUAAAAUCCAGGAUAUAUUAGCCUGCAGUUUUCUGGAUGACUUGUUGGAGUUGAGAGAUGAGGAGCUGUCCAAAGAGAGUCAGGAGUCCAACUGGUUCUCAGCCCCAUCAGCUCUCCGAGUCUAUGGUCAAUACCUCAACCUGGAUAAGGACCACAAUGGCAUGUUGAGCAAAGAGGAGCUUUCACGCUAUGGCACAGCCACCCUCACCUCAGUCUUCCUGGACAGAGUGUUUCAGGAGUGUCUCACCUACGAUGGAGAAAUGGACUAUAAGACUUACCUAGACUUUGUAUUGGCCUUAGAAAACAGGAAAGAGCCAGCAGCGUUACAGUAUAUUUUUAAACUUCUGGACAUGGAGAAUCAAGGAUACCUGCAUGUUUUUUCUCUCAACUACUUCUUCAGGGCCAUUCAGGAGCAGAUGAAGCUGCAUGGUCAGGAGCCUGUCUCCUUCCAGGACGUCAAGGAUGAGAUCUUUGACAUGGUGAAGCCUAAAGACCCCUACAAGAUCACACUCCAGGAUCUGGUGAACAGUUGCCAGGGUGAUACAGUCAUCAGCAUCCUGAUUGACCUCAACGGCUUCUGGACCUAUGAGAACAGAGAAGUGCUUGUCGCUAAUGACAACGACAACAGCAGUGCAGCUGACCUUGACGACACCUGAAGAUGUAAGAGACACUGAACCCCUUUACCCAUGGACUCAGUUCCAUCUGCUUACAUUUUAACUUUAGCUUGUAUAAAUAUUGUUCUUUGUUUCUGCCUGUUGUUUUUCUGUAAAGAGAGAAAGAUAAUGUGUUUGUCAUUGACCUUUUUGA